GAAGGCCCCACCCCACGCAGCCGAGCUGGUGAGAGCAGGACCGCGUCCCCCAGCCUCCGGAAGGUGAGGCGGAAUCCUCAGCCCGCCCUCUGGGCGGGGCGCUGCCUGGCUAGCCGGUUGCGCAGCAACGACGGGCCGCGCUUGGCGUGCGCAGCCGCGUUUGGGUCCGAGGCGCGCGCUCGCGCACCCACCCCCUGGUAGGCUCGCGCCUAGCGUAGGCUGCUUGCUGGGUUGCUCCUUCCUUCUGCGGCGAGGAGGACAGUACGCAGACUCGGCGCCGACCGGCUACCCUUCUAGCGUCUCUGCGACCGCCGCGGCGAAGAUGGCCUCAGGAGUGCAAGUUGCAGAUGAAGUAUGUCGCAUUUUUUAUGACAUGAAAGUUCGGAAGUGCUCCACACCAGAAGAAAUCAAGAAAAGAAAGAAGGCUGUCAUUUUUUGUCUCAGUGCAGACAAAAAGUGCAUCAUUGUAGAAGAAGGGAAAGAGAUCUUGGUUGGAGAUGUUGGUGUAACCAUAACCGAUCCUUUCAAGCAUUUUGUGGGAAUGCUUCCUGAAAAAGAUUGUCGCUAUGCUUUGUAUGAUGCAAGCUUUGAAACCAAGGAAUCCAGAAAAGAGGAGUUGAUGUUUUUUUUGUGGGCACCAGAACUAGCUCCUCUGAAAAGUAAAAUGAUCUAUGCAAGCUCCAAGGAUGCAAUCAAAAAGAAGUUUCAAGGCAUAAAACACGAAUGUCAAGCAAAUGGGCCAGAAGACCUCAAUCGGGCUUGUAUUGCUGAAAAGCUAGGUGGAUCCUUAAUUGUAGCUUUUGAAGGAUGCCCUGUGUAGACCAUCAUUCAGUGCCACAAAUUGAAAGCUUCCAUGUUUAAUGUUAUCCUCUUGCUAUAUAAAUGUUUAGGCCAGGGUCUCACUGAGGGGGAGCUGUCUUGUCAUCUGUUAGAGUAAAUUAAAUAUUCUAUAAACAUGUGCAGAUGGCCCUAAAUAAAUCUAAAAUCUGAAGUUUUAUUGGUGUGAAAUUAAAUUCUUAUUGGCCAGAUGCCUGUUUUUGAUGGGUUGGCUUGUAAAGAUUUUUGUUAAACUCAUGAUUUUUAAUAAUGCAGUUCACAAAACAGUACAAGGCCGUAUGAAGAGAAUCACUGCAUCUUUGUAACCUCAGCAGUUACUUUGUUUCUUUGCUUAGAGAAUUGGUCAUAAUCUGGUUAUAAUUUUGGCCCAAAUUUAUUCUCUCUGGAGCUAAACUGCAUACUAGAAAAUAAAUCUCCUCACCAUAUGUAACAGCACUAAUAUACUAACUACAGUAAGACUAAGUCAGGCAGCCUUCUAAUUCUAGCAACUGUGUGAUGGAGACUGCCUCAGAAUUGUGCACACUUCUAACCGGCGCUGAUUUUGCAAAGCACUAUUUUGAGCACGCGGUUGGAAUACAGGAAGCAGCUCUCUGCACCUGCAGUAAGCUCUCCAUUCGCUAGUUCGGGAGACUGCUCUGAGAGUAACCUUGCAUCUUGGAAAUAAAAUCAUGGUGUGUCCUCAGGAGAAUGUGCAAUACCUUGCAAUGACUUCAUUAUAACACAAAUUAGGGCUCCAUUGUAAUAUACUUUGUUAAUGAAAAUGAUAAAAUGGUGUAUUGACAAGCUGGGACACUUGUGACCUCUUUAAUUGUGUCUCCUUCAAAAUUUUGUUGCUUCUGGUACAGUAAAGUGUGGAAGAACAUUAGGUACAUGUUUAUGCUGGGGCCUGGGAGAACUUCCAAAUUUCCUAGAGCAGUUUGUGGAUUGUAUGGGAAAUGGGGAGCAGGUGUAAUGGAUGACACCCACGGAAGCCACUACCUGAUGACACUUGCAAGUGAUUGUCCUUAACAUCACAGGCAUAAUGACACUUUGAACGGUGUAGAGAUGCACACGGUUGGACUUAGAAGUAGCAGUAUUGGCUUUAUGUAAUAAAGGAAGCAUUUUUAACUCC